CCAAAGUAGAGUAGCGCAAAACCAGACCAAACCUCACUUCUCGGUUUCUCCUACAUUCUCAUUCUCCGAAGUCCACAACCAGUUUCAGAGUUGAAACCUCCGUCUCCUGUUUCAAGAUUGGGAACUGUAUCCAAGUCGAGAAUCAGAAGGAGGAGAUGGGAUCAGAAGGGCCAAAGAGCGUGGUGAUUAAUGUGAGUGGGUUCAAGAAGUUUCAAGGUGUGGCUGAGAACCCAACUGAGAUUAUAGUCAACAAUCUGAGAAGCUAUGUGGAGAAGCAAGGCUUGCCUUCUGGUCUGACACUUGGGAGUUGCACCAUUCUUGAGACUGCUGGAGAUGGUGCUAGUCCAGCUCUUUACAAGGCCAUGGAGUCUGGGAUUUCAAUAGCGGAGUCAAACACCAAUGAUCAAGUUGUAUGGCUUCACUUGGGGGUGAACAGUGGAGCUAUGAAAUUCGCUAUUGAGCGGCAAGCUGUUAAUGAAGCCACCUUUCGCUGCCCGGAUGAGUUUGGAUGGCAACCUCAGCAAUUCCCAAUAAUUGAAGCAGAUGGGGAAAUUUCUCGAGCAAGAGAGACUUCCUGCUCAAUUGAUGCCAUGCUUAAGAUCCUGAAGAAGAAGGGAUUUGAUGUGGCAAUAUCAGAUGAUGCAGGACGGUUUGUGUGCAAUUACGUCUACUAUCAUUCUCUCCGGUUUGCAGAAGAAAAGGGUCACAAGUCUCUAUUUGUCCAUGUUCCCCUCUUUUCCAGAGUUGAUGAAGAAACUCAGAUGCGGUUUGUGGCCUCUCUUCUGGAGGCCAUUGCUGCAACAUGCUAACGCCAUUGUCACAAUGCUUCAUCCUUUGUAUCUUCAUGUUUCAAUGCCAUUUUCUGUUAAAAUGUAUAUCGAUGGUGUCAAUAUCAUUGUGGUUGUAAAAGGGUCAUUUUUAUGAGCUUUCAUUUCCGUUUGCCUUUAGUAUUGUCCAGGGUGAUGUUUCAAUGUAAAAAGGAAAGGACAUUUUCAAACCAAUCUUGUGAUUUGUGGAAAGAUUUGCCCUUGGUUUCUGUACUUCAUAU